GCAGAUGAGAAGAGCUCUGUGAGCGCGUGUGAGUUGCCUAUCCGUUCUUGAACUUGACGCAUUGUAUGUGUACGUCGCAACAGUGGUAUGACGGUUUGCGAUGAGUAAAAUGUCAAAACGUUCCGAUAAAACCCAUAAUAUGUACGAAAAGACGAAAUUAUUUACUCUUUCAACCUUUCUCGUGGUGUGGUUGUGCUUAAUGGUGGAUUACACAGACACUCAGCUGGUAAUCAAUGUAAGAAAUCAGGGUGGAGACGUCGUCCAGGAAAACAUAUCGGCGAACGUCACCGACGACACCAUCACGUUGGAAUUUCAGAGAUCCGACGGCACGCUUGUCACUCAACUAAUUGACUUCAGAAAUGAAGUUCAAGUGCUCAAAUCUCUCAUAUUGGGAGAAGAAGAACGUGGCCAGAGUCAAUACCAAGUCAUGUGCUUCAUUUUCUAUUUUCCCAAAGACUCUUUUAUAUCUUCUGAUGCUAUGGCUAAACUACGUCAAAAGAAUCCUAGUGCGAUUCGAUUACCCGAAGAAGAUCUUGGAAGAACGAAUCAUUCGAUGGAUUACGUGGUACUUUUGAAACAUGCAGGCAUUAUUUCGCCUCAUAUUGGUGAUUUGUGUAAUGAAGCGGGCUUAGCUACGUAUACGUUACAUGAAGAUGUAGUUAAGUGGGCUACAGCACAAGGCAUUCCAUUAUCGUCUUAUAAACCAGCACUAAAGCGGUUCCCAACUUCUCCUGAUCGGUUUUUAACAAACGAUCUAGGCGCCGAGGAUUUCCUUUCGAGCUGCACCGACAUGAAAAAUAUGUGGACACCUUGCGAAUGUCACUUAGAACUCUGUAUAGGCUGGUAUCCUUGCGGAUUAAAAUAUUGUAAAGGAAAAAGUCAUACGAAAAAUUCGGUGAUGAGCUAUAGAUGUGGUAUAAAAACGUGUAAAAUUUGCCAUUUGUUUAAUUAUUACGUUUCACAAAAACAACAAUGUCUUUGGGAUGAAUGACCAUAGUAGAAACCUUUUUGUAUAUGUUUGUAUUUUGCCUUACAUUCGCUUAAAAAUGGACCAACAUGCCUUAGUGCUGUAUAGAUUGUAUAGUAUCAUUUAUCUAUGUAUUUCAAGGACACCAAAAAUCAUUUCAACUUCUGUAAAUUAUUUUUCAAAGAGUACGAUGUACUUAAACUUAAGAAUUAAAUAUUAUCCAUAAGUAGUCAAAGGAGUCGCCAAAUUUUUCUCACAUAAAUCCCAAUUGUUUCAUCAUUUUCCUUAUUCAACCCAAUACCAAAAAAACAAAAAGUAUGCAAUAAAUACCGCAUUGGUUGGUCUAACUCUGUUGUAAAAUAUCUUUGUACAAAUUUUCCAAGUCUAGUAUUUAAUUUGAUUUUUUUUAUACCUGCUUACUAGGUCAUUAGAAUCAAAUUCGUUCUCCUCUCUAUGCAAUGAAGGCACCUGUAAUUUAUUCAUUCAUUUUCCACAGGUUUUUAUAUCAUUUGAGUUGAUAGAACCUUUUUGGUCUGCCUCAUGUUUGGUGGGUUUGAUUGGAGGGUUUAUCUAUUGCAAUAUUAUUGACUUGAGUAACUCCAAUGAUUCCUAAGUAAAGUAUAUUUGCUUUGGAAGGGACAAGUCCUGUUUUACUAAAUCCUUGCAGGUUGUCUCGAAUGGUGCAACUCUUUGAUAAACAUGGCAAGAUAUGCUAGCCAUUGCAUUUGACGAAAAAGUUGCAGUUGCAGUUGCAUUAGUUUUUUCGGUCAGAGCUAAUUUUCGAUUUUUUAGGUAUAAUACGCCUUCAGGGCCGAUAUAAAAGCAUAAUCCAAUGGUUGAAUUUCAUGAGUUGAGUGCUGUGGAAAUCACAUGAUUGUUACGUAGUUUUUUGCUAUGUCUAUAAGUUCUAUAUUUUCAUAGGGAAAUUACUAGUACCACUCGUACUAGGUUUUAUAUAUUUGAUAGAAUGUUCAUUACGUAAAAAUAUUCGUUUUCACCCAGUUCGAAAUAUGACCUGAAGGAGCCCUUAUUAACAAUUUUCGUAUCAACCUCGGAAGAAUUAAUAUUCGGAUUAUGUAAAAAGGAGAAAAUUGCUCUGUUUUAUCUGCCUCAAUUCCAAUCGAGGCAAUUCUAAUAAUAAUCGCAACUUCUUUUUUAUAUAGAUUCUUUGUCGAUUAAGAGGAUCAAAUUAUUUCGUAAGUCAAGUUCAAUUGUCAGCCGUUUCAUAUCACGUACUCUCAAAAAAACAACAAAAUGCUCUUCUAAUAAGAUCUAUUAAAAAUCAAUUGAGUCUUGAACAAAGAGAGGCUUUAGUUACGUAGAUAUGGGAAUGUGACAGUAUAAAAAACGGUGGUACUAUUAGCACCCUUCACAGAAAUUUUCGUUGCUCCUAGAGAUACGGAAAUUUUUAUAGAAAUCGUCACCCUCAACAGAAAAAUCCGUGCCCAUCAUUUUAACCUUAAAGACCCGGAAAGUUUUUAUAGAAACAGAUCAGAAUGAAGCUUUUUUCUGUCUCUAAAUAUUACUAUACUAUCCAAAAUCACCACCCACGGACAAAAACCGUGGUUUAAUUUUAAUCUUCAAAAAACGUAAUUUUAAAAAUAAACUCACCUAACCAAUUGAAUGAAAAAUUUAUAUUGGGAUUAGAAAUGGUAUAUAUGUCAGAUAGGUGAAUGGUAUUUAUCCGUGGACAGUAUUCAUCCGUAAGUUAAAGCUUAUUAUUGUAAUAUUCACGGCUGAAAUUAGAGACACAGAUAAAGUUUCAUUCGGUUCAUUUCUUUAAAAAUGUCCGUCUCUCUAUAGACACUUCAUAUCAAAAAUUGUCUACAUUCCAUAUCUCGGACCAUAAGUCUAAAGUUAAACUAAUUGAUCCUUCUAUAAACAUUGAUAGGCAUCGCUUCUUUUGCAAUAAUAUUACAAAGCAACAGAAAUUUGAAUGUAAUUAAACAACUUCCAUUUAAUCUGACGAUGUUUCUGCUAUUUUGAAAGCUAUAAGAAAUGAUUUUUCCCACAGAUACACCAUUGUGAUUCAACAGAUUUUAAACUACCUAGAACGGUCCUUGAUAUACAUCAUUUGAAAUAUUACAUAAAUUGAUUCGAUUUUUUUACACAAUAUUUAUCAAAUUAAAUGUAACUAAUAAAACAUUUCUGAAUAAAUAGAUUCAAUACCUUGUUAUUCCAUACGUUUUGUCGUUCAAUAGGAUAAGACAUUUUGACGUUGAUUUGAGAUUUUAUUAUUCAUUAUACUUUCCCUGGAGUUGUUCAAGUGAUGUACUUAAUUAUAUAUUUCAUUUCUGAAGUAAGAAACUGGAAUAUUAUAAAUAUACGCAAACACAAUUAGAGGAAGUUAAUAGAGUGGGUAUCGCAACAUCGUACUUCAACUCAUUGAUUUCGACCACAAUUUUUUUAACUGCGUUGUCUUUUACAUUCAGAUGAUCCAAAAAUUCACAACAAUACUAUACGUUCAUUGGUCUACUACUGUGGAGGUAAUCCCUUAGCAGCAUUCCUUUCAUAUUCCCAAUGCUGAUUAACAACUUCUUGACAAAUUGCUGGAUCUUAAUUCACUUUGCUGUCCAAGUUCUGGUAUCGUACACUCUUUAGCAUCUUGUUGCGAUUUAAGAUCGUGAUUACAAGUCUUAUCUGCAUCAAAACAAAUGUAUAGUGUAUAGACCUUGAAUUUCCUAUGUUUUCUCAUGUGCACUUUGAUGCAUUAGCCCUAGUAUCUCCUGUGGCUAAUAAAAUUUUUUAAUUCGCCAUUUAAGCUCGGUAUCAUUGAGACAAUAUCACGGUCUUCCCUCAUCACGUUUAUUUUAAUAUUAAUGAAUUAACUGAAUCAUCGUCUUUAAUAAAUUUAGUGUAAAAGCAAAUAUAUUUGUUUCUUGUAUAAUUGAAUAGUUUGAUGAACUCAAAUUGUUAGAAUAGAUUGGCACCUAGUUCUUUCUAAAACGCUCCAAAUUUUAUUGAGAAUUUUAUUUACGAGUAUGCUUUUGUUCCGAUAAUUACGAUAUCCAUCUUGCACAGAUCUUUCUACAUAAUGUCUAGGGUUUCUCCUAAAUAUCCCUCUUGCAUAAUCACAUACUGUAUUCUUGAUAUAUUUUCUACCUAUAGUGCACUUUUUGGACUUCCUUCGCGUGUAUUAUCAUAAUUUUAAAUGCAGCAGAUAUUUCUACUCUUGAAUUUGGAUAUGAAUACUAAUUAUAUACACCUCUAAUAAUAUUUCGUGAGUUUGUUUUGGUGCUUACUUCCAAAACUUACAACUUUAUUACCGAACAAGUUUUUCAAUUGUAAAAAAAUACUAUGACACAUAUAUUUUGAACAACUGGGAAUAAACAAUUGACAUCUCAUAUUGAACGAUAGAACUCAUUGAACAGUCGAUUAUAUAUGCAUAUAUAUAAUAAAAAAUCUGUUUUUCUUGUUUCAUACAGAAAUCCAUUAUUUUUUCGUUACUGUUUUCGUAAAUAGUUUUAGAUUAAUACUAUACUUCAUAUUGUUUAAAAAGCAGGAAAGAGUUGGUGAGAAAAGGCGAUAAAAAUAGUUGGUGAGAAACGACGACAAGAAUUAGUUAUGCAGAAGGUUUUAGGGGAGAGUAGACAAUGUAAAUAUUACUAAUAGUUAAAAUUCUCUCCAGAUGAGUGCCAAACCAUAAGUAAAUUUCAGCUUUUAAAUUUAAAUCCGUCAACUAAAACAGAAUUGUAGUGUAUGCAAUUUAACAUUCGAACUAGAAAUCUUUUUAUACGAGGUCAGGCUAUUAAAUAACGAGACUGGUUACGAAAAAGGGUUUUAUUAUAAAAAUGAUUCUACAUUCGAAUGCUUUCCUUCAAUAUAGUCCCCUCCCCUCACCACAUACCUAUCCAUACGUUUUUUCCUUUGAUCGAGGCAGUGCUGAAAGUCUUCUUUGGUGAGUGCCUUUAGGAACUCUGCCGUUUUUUGCUUUACCGCUUCUAUCGACUCAAAUCGGGUCCCUUUCAAAGCAGAUCUUUUUCUAACCUUUCAAGGAAAUCUAAACAGACCCGUUGACGCAAGAGCUUUUGGUCAGGAUUCACCUUUUUAGGCACCAACUUCACACAGACUUUUGUCAUGCGUAAUUCCUCAUGUAGAAUUUUUCUAUCCAUUUUUUUAUCGGCGUUUACAGCCUAGGCAAUCAUCCGGAUGCUCAUACGAUCUGUACGCACAAUUUAGUUAAUUUUGGACACUGUUUCCGUAGUUGAAACAGACACAGGGCGACCUGGUCUGUUCCAUCUUCAGUGCACUUUCGGCUCUCACUAAAGUGCUUACACCAAUCAAAAACACGCGCACGAAAUAGAGAAUUAUCCCCAUAGGCAACUUGCAUCAAUUUAUAGCAUUCAGUGGGAGGUUUUUUCAAUUUAACGAGAUAUUUGAGAUUGAUACUUUGCUCCUGUUGCUCAUGAUAGUGAAGGAGACGUGUUUUGAAACGUGCAUAGACAAGAUAUCUAGAUACCCAACGCACUACUCGUCGUUCUCUCUAUUUGUGAUACCUAGAGAAAAAACAUACGUGAAAUUGAAAUGUCACUUAAUGACCAGUUUCAUCACUCAAUCUAACAUCAUCAGAUUUUUCUUGUGUGAGUAUUUUGAAAUAUACGAUUUGUACCCGGCUUUAUGGAAAUUUCAAGAUAUUGGAACCAUUGCAGGAGCUAGCUUGUAGUUUAUUAAAUUUCCGUCUUGUAAUAAACGGAGCACAUAUUAAUAGGUAAUGCAAUUCAAUUCUUUAUAAAAGCUUGAAUUCAAAAUAGUUUCACUGUGUAAGUAUUGUCAAGCAAGACGAUUAGCUCAAGUCUGUGAAUAAAUUUCAUUAUGGAUAUUUAAACAUAUACAAGGAUCUUAGGAACUUUUUAUUUUUAAAUAACAGCUUUUCCAUAUCGAUAAUUAUUUUAAUUUGUUAUAGAAAUUCUGUACACUAACUAGAAACGUUUGGUUGGUCCUGUUGAGUACUCUGCUCAAACCCCAUAUUAACCAGAUGCCAAUACUCAUAAUCUCUUGUAACUUUAGUACUAACAGCCUCUGAGGUCUCUAAAAUAUUAAAGAACGUUAAUCAUACUAUCAGCUCAUUAUUCUAGAAUCUCUAUAUUUUGUUCAAAUUAUGUUUGUGGCAACAGCACAAAUUAUGGGUAUUCAAUGCAUUUUUCUAAAUUUCAUAUCCAGUUCUUCUUGGGAUAUAAUUUUAUUAAGGGAAAUGUUAUUUAUAAGGUUCACGUGGAGAGAUUUUGCUUAUUUUAACUCAAUUCUCUAUUAUUAUAUCCAAAUUUUGAAUUUUAUCGAUGAAUACUCGCGAGUUUGUUGCAGCUUUAUCGUGGUCUUUACCUAUAGUCCAAAUUACAGAGUUGUCUCAGAGAUAUUACUAUUGUAAAUUACGUACAAUGUUUGGAUUAUGAUCCUACCUAUUGAGUAGGCAACAACUCAUUCGUCUUUAUGUUAAUUAGGCAUGCUUGAGCCCCUUGAAACUAUCAAUUAUUACUGCGUAUGUUUGACUCUCGUGAAACUACCCACUUGUACAUCAAUGUAUGUUGGACUUUCCCGUAAAUAUCCAAAACAACUUUCAAACUCAAAAAACACAAAGUAUAACUCGCUUUCUGCGCUCUAUUUUCAAACAAUAAAACGUUCUCUCCCAUUUAUCAGUUACUCACAGAGCUUCCAUUUUUGGAUGGACAUAUUAGAAUUCCUUUCAUUAAUUCAGAUUUUCAAUUGGAGUAUAGAUUGAAUGGAAUCAUUGAUAGAAAUAGUGAAUCACGAGAUUUGACUAACCUCACUUUCUCCGGAAAAUCUCUUCAACUAGUUAAAACCUCAAAGUUAGAGAGAAGGGCCUUGAAUCAACAGGGUACAAAUACCUCUUAAUCUUUUAUGUAUCACUAGUCCUAGUACACUACAUUGUACUUGUUACUGAAGGUUCUAUGUGUGACAUACGAAUUAGAAUUUUUUUUAUAAUAUAACGUCAGAUUGGUUUCAACUUUUAAAAACUGUAUACUGUGUACUUUGAUAGUUGGAAUAUUAUCUAGAAAAAAUUUAUUCAAUUUCCAUCUAGUUCAUAAUAUCAGUCAAACGUCUGCGUAGAUAGCUGCAGCCUUUAUUGUUUUGAACCUUUUCGAUUAUAUUCGUUAUUCUGUCAACUUGGUCUAAUGUUGACUUUCCAAACUAGUUCGAUGAAAUUACGCUCUUCUACAAGAAGAGUUAUUUUUAAAAUUCGUGUCAAAAUCACAUUUAUUUAAAAAUAAAUGAUAUUUUCUUUCAUCUUGGCGUAACGCUGAAUUUAAAUUUUAUUUUUUAACCACUCUCUACUCAAAAUUAUGUCACAAAAGACGUUUGUUUAGCACUGAGAUCAUUAUUGCCUUAAAGAGUUUCGCAAAUGAAUUCUGGCUCAUUAUGAUAUUUGGAAUAUUGUGUACACUUUAUUCAAUCGAGUAUAACGUAAGAUAAUAUUUGCGUCGACAAUCAUUCGAAUUAAUUUUUGAAAAAAUGAUUCUUAAAACGUCUAUUGGGGAUAGAGAGAAUAUUUUAGAUUUGGCUGAAUUAUAACUGUACAGACAAUCCACCAACUAUUUCCUGAGAAAUUGUAAUAAAUAAAGUGUAAUAAUGUAUAAAAAUAAAGAUUUUGAUACAUU